UUUUAUUCUUAAUAAAGAGUUGCACGUUGAAACUUUUUGUUAUAUAAAUCCAAGGUCGCAGAUUGAAUACAACAUAACCUUUGAAUUACUUGGAUUUGAAUCUGUCGUUGUGAUAGAGAAGAAGGGAAAGAUGGAUAGCACAGCGAAGCAAAGUCGUGUUUGUGGCAACGUCUUCUUCUUGUUCUUGUUUUGCACACUGAUCUUCAGCAGCAGUGCUGCUUCUACCAAGGAUAGUGAAAUUGCAGAACGAUCGGUGGCAUUAACGGGUGGGGCUAGGAAGCUGAUCGGAUCAAGACCACCAUCAUGCUAUUCCAGGUGUGCCUACUGCACACCCUGCUCACCAAUUGUUGUAAAUUUGUCACCUGAUGCUGCCAUCUGGAAAUGCUCCUGUGGCGGCAGAGUCUACGACCCAUAGAUUUUUAAUUAUCUCUAUGGAAUUUCACAUUUUCUCAAAUAAAUAAAUGUGUCUAAUAAAUUGUGAUUUUAAUA